AUGUCUUCAAGUGUCCCUCAAACUCAAAACUUGUUGGAUCGUUGUUUAACAGCCCUUCAUUGGGCUGGAAUGGGCUUUAGACCUUCAAAAUCACGAAGCAUUGUUAUAGCUAAUGGAAAAGUUUUAGACCAGUCUCCUUUUUGUGUCCUGCAAGAACCAAUCCCAUCUAUUCACGCAAAACCAGUUAAGUUUCUUGGCCGGACGAUAAAUUCAACAUUGUCAGAUUCAGCUGUUGUCCAACAGGUUAUUGUUAACGCUGUAGAGCAAGUCAAACUCAUAGAUAAGUCUUCCCAUAGAGGCAUUCACAAAGUGUGGUUUUUGCAUUAUCUUCUAAUACCCCGAAUACGAUGGCCUUUUUUAAUUUACGAAGUUCCGAUAUCUCGUAUUGUUUCACUAGAACAAAAGUUUUCUUUCUUCAUAAGAAAGUGGCUGAGACUCCAUCACUCUAUUUCUAACAUAAGUUUGUAUUCCGCUUCAUCGCCAUGCCCGUUACCUUUAAAAAGUCUAUCCUCUAUACUAAAAUCUGCUAAGAUCAGCGGUCAUCUUCUCCUCCGAGAUUCGGCUGAUCUUCUAGUGUCAGACUCUCCUGCAGACUUAAAGGCUGGACACUGGAAGGUAGAUCAAACAGUAAAAUCAGCAGAGAGUCAACUUGAGUUCAAGAAAAUACUUGGUUUCCAACAGUUUGGUAGAGUAGGCUUGACACUCUUAUGGCUUACCAGAAGCCAUAAGAGUGUCCCAGCAAUUGGUACCCAUUCUUACCGCAAACUUGUAUCAGAUGUUGUGCAGGACAGUAACUGGACUAAAUGGUGCUCGUUUAUUAAAUACGAUCUUUCUUGGAAGAACCUACUGUCUCUGCCACAAUGUUUACCUUCGUUUUGCAUCGGCGCAACCUAUGACACGCUUCCUUCUUGCACCCUAUGUAAAAAACCCUCUUUUAACGUGUCCCACAUUUUAGGCGCUUGUAAAUUAGCCCUUUCACAAGGUAGAUUCACGUACCGCCACGAUAUUGUUCUACGUGUGUUAGUGACAGCCAUUCAGAAGUUCUUAUCCGAUUAUGAGCCAGCAAAACCAUCUAGAUGUCAUAAAAUAUCCUCUGUUCGAGCUGGUAAACGUCUUCCCACCAAAAGGCGUUCAAAAAUUCAAGGUAUCCUUCACCUGGCCUCUGAUUGGAGAUUAUUGUCAGACUUAGAUUCAACCUUAAUAGUACCACCUUAUCUUGCUGUAACUCAACUUCGUCCGGACACACCUUUAACUUCUGCCAUGACCAAAACUGUAAUUAUCCUUGAAUUAAUUUGCUCAUGCGAAGAGAACAUGGAGACUUGGCAUGGAGUUAAGGUUGAUAAACACUCGUCACUUUGUUCCGUCAUGAGAUUAAACAAUUAA